AUGAAAUUUCUCGAAGUUGAUUCCCUUGAUGUUCUCAAUACAGUGUUCCGAUGGGAAACCGUAGAGGCCAUUUUGACUGGACGAAUUGAAGCAUACUCAUGUAAAUCUGCUGGUUCAGACAAAAAAUUGUUCAAGCAGAUUGAGAACAAGUACAGUGUUGACCUGUCUGGAGGGUCAAUAUCCCCAGAUGAUUAUCUGCAUACGAUUGUGUCUCCGUUUGGAAGAUUAGAUGAGUCUACACCACGCAAGACGUUUUUCUAUCUGCUGGCCACCCUCAAUGCGGCGUUUCCUGAGCAUGAUUUUGGAGACGUUCGGCCGGAUCAGUUCAGUAAGCAGCCAUCACCAGAGAUGGUCAUCAACUCUGUCAACACAACCCUGUUCAACCUUGGGAACGAUGAGAUUGUGAACAAAUACAGGAUGUGGGAUACUCUGGAUGAGAUUGUGGACCUGAGUGAGUGCGAUGUGUACAGCUACAAUCCAGACAUUGAAGACGAUCCGAUGAAUGAUGAAGAAGGCUACUUAUGGUCUAUCAAUUACUUCUUUUUCAAUCGUAAAUUGAAACGAAUGGUGUUCUUUUCAAUCAAGAGUGAAAGGUAA